UCUCUCUGCACUUCCUUAACACUAUUCCAGUGUUUCUCCCACACCGUGUACUCAACUUCCCCGUGACCCUACGUCGUUUUUUCUUUUUGUUUUCCACACACACCGCGUGGCGCGUACUUUCGGAUCCACUCCUAGCCCAACAACGUAGCGGUGCCUAAUCCUUAGGAAUAACGAAUAACCUUAACAACCUCAACAUGUUGCAUUGUCUGAACGGUUCGGGGAAUCUAGGAGCCAGUUGUUCGGACAUGACAGUGUUGGAAAGACAAAGGGAAGCAACCACGAAGUGGCAACACCACCAUCACGACAAUCACCCACCUUACUAUUCCGCAACGGAGUUUCACGUUAACCUCGUUUUCUCUUCUUCUUCCAGCAAUCUUCCUCAGAGCCAGGGCUUGGUCAUGGCGCGUGAACGUGAUGAUUCCGCGCUCUCUCAGGUGUUGGCUCAUUCUCUCAAACCCGACCCGGGUCUCUGCCCCGAAUUGGACACCGGAUUCGGAUCCUCUUCCGGUUUUUUACCCAAGGAAAACGAUAAGAAGAGGAAGGCGCUGAACUACAAGGUUGCUUCGGAGAGUGAUAACAAGGACAAGAGAGUCAAAGUAAGUGGUGAGGAAGGAGAAUCCCGAGUGACAAACCAAACCAGCAACAGAAACGGCAAAUCCAACGCAAAUAAGAACAACAGAGAAACAUCUGCGGAUUCUUCGAAGAAUAAUUCGAAAGGCUCCGAGGUUCAGAACCAGAAGCGGGAGUACAUUCAUGUCCGAGCGCGUCGUGGUCAAGCCACUGAUAGUCAUAGCUUAGCUGAAAGAGUCAGAAGGGAGAAAAUUAGUGAGAGAAUGAAGUAUUUGCAAGAUUUGGUUCCGGGUUGCAACAAAAUUGCAGGGAAAGCUGGAAUGCUUGAUGAAAUCAUUAAUUAUGUUCAGUCUCUUCAACGACAAGUCGAGUUCCUAUCAAUGAAAUUAGCGGCUGUAAAUCCAAGCAUUGACGAACUGUUUGCCAGAGAGGUAUGCACAGCGUUUCCUUCAUGUGGUCAAGGUUUACCCAACAUUGGGAUGGUAUCAGAUAUGAGUAUGUGUAACAAUCCCUCGUAUGUUCAGUUGAAUUCGACACAGCAACUUGUAUCAUGUUGUGGUGGAUUAAUAAAUAACGUGGGGAUGAGCCCUUCUAAUAUGGGACUUCGAAGGAACAUCAGUACUACACAUGUACCUUUGCCCGAAGCGUUUAUUGACUCGUCCUGUUUCACUCAAAUUCUACCCUCUUCCAAUUGGGAUGGUGAUUUUCAAAGCCUUUACAACGUUGCUUUUGAUCAAGGGAGAGCGGGAGCAGCAUCUUUUCCUUCUCAGCCAUUUACAGGUAGCUACAAAUUUAUGACUUGUCAAAUCACUGUUUUUUUUCUAAGCCUGAUAUCCUUAAAGUAGAAAGUAGAAGCACAGCAGAGUGGAUUUUAAUGGGUGAUCGAGACACGAGAGUCCCACAGACAUUGAUAAGUCCUUUUUUUUUAUCAAAAUGAAGAAAUUUUUUAAAAGGGUAUUUUAAUCAUUCAGCCAUCAAGCCAGUUGUCUCUUUUAUUUGUUUCUUACAUCACUUUCCCACAACAUUCACACCUACAGAGUGGUGGCAAAGUUCUUUGCAGCCUGCUCAAUAACAUUUCAUAGAUCAAUGCUAAUUGCUAUAUAUAACAAGUUGUUUUGAUACUUUUCGAGAUUGUUCUUAGUUGUUUGGACCAUCUU